GUGGCCUUGGACGGGGACAUGCCAUUGGGGAAACCGUGUCCCUGUGUUCAGGGCAGAGUCCAGCCCUUACCCGCUUCUGGGGUGGCAGAGCCAGGCUCUGGGCUGUGUCACACCACAUGCUCUGCUCUAAGAUGGGCAUAUGGAGGGGUCCUGCUGUCAGGGAGGGGUGAGCACUGGGGUGGAUGCUCACCACAUCUCUCCAGAGCUAUUUGAGAGACCCUUACUGGAGUCAGAAGAUGAACAUCUCCUCCUGGACCCCGGCAACACAUUGAAGCUGUACUGUGAUGCCAACCAGAGUGGUGCCAGUGUGGUCUGGUACAAGGAGUCCCGGCCACUCCUCUCGGGGGGUCGCAUCCAUCUCCGUCAGGGCCUGCUGGAGAUCUCAGAGGUCGCCUACGAGGACUCAGGGCUCUACGUGUGCCGGGCACGGGGAACUGGAGAGGUCCUGCGCAACUUCACCAUCUCUGUCGUGGACUCCCUGGCGUCAGGUGAUGAUGAUGAAGAUAGCGAUGGGGACGGUCCCCACCGAGACCGAAAUGAGGAGUCAGUCUAUGUGCACAGAGCUCCUUACUGGACUCACCCGCACCGGAUGGACAAGAAGCUGUAUGCAGUCCCUGCGGGGAACACGGUGAAGUUCCGCUGCCCGGCCUCGGGCAGCCCCAGCCCCAGCAUCCGCUGGUUCAAGAACGGGCGCGAGUUCCGAGGGGAGCACCGCAUCGGGGGCAUCCGGCUCCGGCACCAGCACUGGAGCCUGGUCAUGGAGAGCGUGGUGCCCUCUGACCGCGGCAACUACACUUGCCUGGUGGAAAACAGGUUUGGCAGCAUCCGCUACAGCUACCUCCUGGACGUGCUGGAGAGGUCCCCGCACAGGCCCAUCUUGCAGGCUGGGCUGCCUGCCAACACCACAGCCCUGGUGGGCAGCGAUGUGGAGUUCUUCUGCAAGGUCUACAGUGAUGCCCAGCCCCACAUCCAGUGGCUGAAGCACAUUGAAGUGAACGGCAGCAAUUACGGCCCCGACGGGGUUCCCUAUGUGCAAGUGUUAAAGACUGCAGAUAUCAACAGCUCUGAGGUGGAGGUGCUGUACCUGCGCAAUGUGUCCAUGGAGGAUGCUGGCGAGUACACCUGCCUGGCAGGGAACUCCAUCGGCCUCUCCUACCAGUCUGCCUGGCUCACCGUCCUGCCAGAAGAGGAGCUGGUGCGGGAAGCUGAGGCCCCUGAGACCAAUUCUCCCUGGAUUCCAGCUCUUCUGGGAAGUCCAGCACGUCCCUGAUGCGGGUCACUCGUCUCUCCUCCAGCUGUGCCCCAAUGCUGCCCUGCCAGGCUGGUGCUGGGGAAGCCCCUGGGGGAAGGCUGCUUUGGCCAGGUGGUGCGGGCAGAGGCUUACGGCAUAGACAGAGACCGGCCAGACAGAGCUGUCACCGUGGCUGUCAAAAUGCUGAAAGACAAUGCCACUGACAAGGACCUGGCUGACCUCAUAUCCGAGAUGGAGAUGAUGAAGCUCAUGGACAAACACAAGAACAUAAUCAACCUCCUGGGAGUCUGCACGCAGGAUGGGCCACUGUACGUGAUUGUGGAGUUUGCUGCGAAGGGCAACCUGCGUGAGUACCUCCGUGCCCGCCGCCCCCCGACACCUGACUACGCUUUUGAUGUCAUGGCAAUGCCUGAGGAGCAGCUCUCUUUCAAGGAUCUGGUCUCCUGCGUCUACCAGGUGGCCCGUGGCAUGGAGUACCUGGAGUCCAAACGGUGCAUCCACCGUGACCUGGCUGCCCGCAAUGUGCUGGUGACAGCGGAGAGCGUGAUGAAAAUCGCUGACUUUGGCUUGGCCAGGGACGUUCACGACAUCGACUACUACAAGAAAACCAGCAACGGUCGCCUGCCAGUGAAGUGGAUGGCCCCCGAAGCCCUGUUUGACCGUGUCUACACCCACCAGAGCGAUGUGUGGUCCUUUGGGAUCCUGAUGUGGGAGAUCUUCACGCUGGGGGGCUCCCCAUACCCUGGCAUCCCUGUGGAGGAGCUGUUCAAGCUGCUGAAGGAGGGGCACCGCAUGGACCGGCCAUCCAACUGCACCCACGAGCUGUACAUGCUGAUGAGGGAGUGCUGGCACGCCGUGCCCUCCCAGCGCCCCACCUUCAAGCAGCUCGUGGAGGGGCUGGACAAGAUCCUGGCAGCUGUUUCAGAGGAGUACCUGGACCUCUCCAUGCCCUUUGAGCAGUACUCGCCCUCCUGUGAGGACACUGCCAGCUCCUGCUCCUCUGACGACUCCGUCUUCACCCACGACCCGCUGCCGCUGGCUCCUCACCUCUUCUCCUACCCCAGCGUGAGGACUUAAGGGAGGGCAGGGAAGGGUGAUGCUGAAGCCACCUCUGCCCUUGCAGGGAGGGGGUCCAAGUUACCAAAGGUGCCUGCUUUGUCCGGGCUGAGCAGUGGGUGGGCAGGGCUCUGAGCCACAGCACCAGGGCAGGGUGUCCCUCUCCCCAGGCUCCUUUUGGGCACUGAGCCAUCAGCCCUGGCUGAGAUGUGCCUGGUAUUGUGGGGCAGCAGGAGCCAGAGCCUCUCCAUGUGGGCACUGCCUGGGAUGCCCAUGGCGUAGCCCAGGGAGAUGGGAUUUGGCCAGUGCUUCAGUGGAAGUGUCUCUGGGCAGGAGCCCCACUGCUGCCAGGCUCCUGCUGCAUCUGUA